AUGAGUCAAAUACGGAAAAGUUUGCUCAGUCAAGUACGUGAGAAGCCGAAAUGGAGCACCGGAAAUAAUCUUGUUGUAUAUAGUAAUUAUUUGAGUUGCUGUCAGGACAUCUUGGAUGAUAUAGAACGGGCGCAAACACGUGUUUGGAUUGAAACAUAUGGCAUUGACGACACCCCAGCUGCUGUCCAAGUGGUAGAAAAGCUUGUCGACGCCGCGAAACGGGGGGUUCAAUGUGCUGUAUGCGUUGAUUCUAUCGGAUCAUUUGGAACCUUGCCUAUAAAACUUCUUACAGAUUUUCGCAGACAUGGCGGCAAAGUAUUGAUAUGGAAUUCGAUUUUACGGCCACGAUACUCUCUAUUCAACAGAAACCACCGGAAAGUUGUUCUAUGUGAUAAUAUAGCCUAUUGUGGCACUGGGAAUUUUGAUUGGAGAUCUAUAAGGUUGACCUCUGAUCAGAGUGUCUUGCCGUCCGAUAUGUUGCCAACUAAUAUCUCACCAUCUGAUAUGUUGCAUCCGAUAAUGUCUGAAGCAGGUCUGGAAAAGCAAAGCAUCUUGAAGAAAAAAGUGGUCGGUGCAUUCACUCCAAUGUUUCGAAGUUUGUUCAGGUUACUGUUUCAGGAUUUGUCUGCUACAAGGUUACCUGACAUCAACCAUGCCAUCAGAGCAGAAGGACCUAUCACCGCUCAGAUUUACGAGUCGAUGCGCAAAACUUUGAAGAAGUGUGACGUACCCUACGGACGGUACCUAGACAAGAAUCUUUAUACCAUCAAUACUGGGCGUAACACGGCUUGGGGUGAUAUCGUCCGCGCAGGAGAGAAGUUGUUCAGAAGACUAUGUACGACACGGUUGUUUGUAUCGAAUGCAUCGGACCUGAGAGAAGUCCUUUGGGAAUGGCGUCAGCGACAUAACUUGGUUUCAGCCGCCACGCAGGGUCUGGGAAUGCCGGAUCCGAGGGGUUGCCACUUGCUCGCCUCCACGCUCCAAGCAACUGCUACGGCCAAAGCCAGUGCUGCCGCGAAAGCGACUGCUGUUACCGGGAAAGCCGCUGCUCCCGAGAGCCGUGGGUUCGCGGUUCGAAACGCGUCGUUGAUGUGGUUGGAGUCUGAGGGGUGGGUGCCGGGCCUGAAUUCUUACAAGAGGGUGUUGGCUCGGUGCUUGGAUGGUGCUAAAGAACGGUUGUGGGUAAGUAGCAGCUACUUCCACCCGCCCCGGUUUUUGCGCAAGUGUCUGGUGCAGAAGAUCCAAGCCGGUGUCGACGUGAAAAUUCUUGUUUCUGGUAACAGCGAUGUGGUGGGAGAUGAAGAGGCUACAAUGUAUGUUUUGAAAAAGUACUUCAGCGCAUGCCGGGACAUUCGCAGAACUAUCGGCCGACACUUGCAUACAAAGACUGUGCUAGUCGACCAUAACCUGACACUAGUCGGAUCCUACAAUUUAGACCGCUAUUCCUCAUGGCACAAUCGCGAGUGCGGAAUCCUCAUCGACAACUACCAGGUUAACCAAUACAUUACCCGACACUUAGAAUCUAUUCCCCAUGAAACUAUCACCUUCAUCCCCGGCCCGCAAUCUCCCAUUAAAACAUUCAGGCAAUGGGCUAUGUAUCACUAUAUCAAAUACAUUUCCCAAACACAAACACACCUUAAAAGUACACCUUAA